AGGCUUGGAUUCUUUCCUUUCCCACUCUUUCUUUUUCUUUUCUUGCUGCCUCUGCUAAGGCAUCUCUUUUUUUUUUUUUUCUUUUUUCUUUUUUUGGUUUCCAUCACUUUUAUGCUCUUUACUUUACUCAACUUCCCAUUUCUUUACCUUCUUGGUUGAAAAUCGUAUCGGGGUUUCUUGUUGUUCUUCCUUCUUCUCUCCUAUUUCUUUCCCUUCCUCUUCUGCUGAAUUCCAACACUUGUUAUGGGCUUUACCAAUCUGGCAUUGUUUGUUUGAUCAGAAAGCUCAAUUGCUUUCUUCAAUUCCUCUUUCAUUUUUUGUUUUGGUUGUUGGGUUCUUUAAAUUUUCAGCCUUUGUAAGUUUUCUUUGAGUUUGUGCACUUUUCUGGUGAAUUCUCUGCUAAUCUUUCUUGGGUUUUUCUUGAUCAAGCUGAAAUGCUCCAAUCUUGUACUUUUAUGGGGUUUUCAUUUCAAGAUUUUGGAUUUCUCAUUCCUCUCCCUCCACUAGGUUUCAGCUGGAUUUGAGGUGCAUUUCUUGUUCAACAUUUUCCCACUGCUGAUCUUUAAAUUUCCUGACUUUUUACUUUUUCUCUCCUCCUUAAUUCUAAUUCUGUUCUUCUGAUUCCAUGGGACUUUGUCAUGGAAAACCCAUUGAGAAAUCUGAAAACCCAAUAGUUCUGGGCGAAAAUGAGCCAGCUUUCAACUCCCAAACUGGGAAAUCAUCAUCAAAAUUUCCCUUUUACAGCCCAAGUCCCUUGCCCAGUUUAUUCAAGAACUCACCUGCUAAUUCCAGUGUGAGUUCUACCCCUCUCCGGAUUUUUAAGCGCCCAUUCCCUCCCCCUUCUCCCGCGAAGCAUAUCCGGGCGUUGCUCGCCCGUAGGCAUGGUUCAGUCAAGCCCAAUGAGGCCUCCAUACCAGAAGGAAGUGAGAUUGAGUUGGGUUUGGACAAGAAUUUCGGGUUUUCAAAGCAAUUCUUGACCCAUUAUGAGAUGGAGGAAGAGGUUGGGCGCGGGCAUUUUGGUUAUACUUGUUCUGCAAAGGCAAAGAAAGGGAGCCUUAAGGGACAGGAUGUAGCUGUGAAGGUUAUUCCGAAAUCGAAGAUGACUACAGCAAUUGCCAUUGAGGAUGCGCGAAGAGAAGUGAAAAUGUUACGGGCUCUAACAGGGCAUAGGAACCUUGUGCAAUUCUACGAUGCCUACGAGGAUGACAGCAAUGUUUACAUAGUGAUGGAGUUAUGCACAGGAGGUGAAUUAUUGGAUAGAAUCCUUUCUAGAGGUGGAAAAUACUCUGAAGAUGAUGCAAAGGAAGUCAUGGUUCAGAUAUUGAGUGUGGUUUCCUACUGUCAUCUCCAAGGGGUUGUUCACCGUGACCUCAAGCCUGAGAAUUUUCUCUUCACUUCCAAAGAUGAGCAUUCCCCACUAAAGGCCAUCGAUUUUGGACUCUCUGAUUAUGUAAAGCCAGACGAACGGCUGAAUGAUAUCGUGGGAAGUGCAUAUUAUGUAGCUCCUGAAGUUCUGCAUAGAUCAUACGGACCUGAAGCAGACAUGUGGAGUAUUGGCGUGAUUGCAUAUAUUCUUCUAUGUGGAAGUCGACCCUUUUGGGCCCGCUCAGAAUCUGGCAUCUUUCGAGCUGUUCUUAAAGCAGAACCAAGUUUCGAUGAAGCCCCUUGGCCUUCUUUGUCUUCUGAGGCAGUAGACUUUGUAAAGAGAUUGUUGAACAAGGACUAUCGGAAGAGGCUGACAGCUUCCCAGGCUCUUAGUCAUCCAUGGCUGGCAAAUUAUCAUGAUGUCAAGAUUCCUUUGGAUAUGAUAAUUUACAAGCUUGUUAAAGCUUACAUAUGUUCAUCUUCACUGAGGAAAGCAGCUUUGGGGGCCCUUGCUAAAUCACUGACCGUGACUCAGCUAGCUUAUCUUCGAGAACAGUUUACACUCUUAGGGCCAAACAGGAGCGGAUAUAUCUCUCUUCAAAACUUCAAAACGGCUGUGGCAAAGAACUUCACGGAAGCCAUGAAGGAUUCACGGGUUUUAGAUUAUGCACACAUGAUGAGCACUCUCCAAUAUAGAAAAUUGGAUUUCGAAGAGUUUUGUGCUGCAGCCAUUAGUGUGCAUCAGCUGGAAGGAAUGGAAAGCUGGGAGCAACAUGCACGUAGUGCUUACGAGCUUUUUGAAAAGGAUGGAAACAGACCUAUUAUGAUAGAGGAAUUAGCCUCGGAACUUGGACUUAGCCCGUCAGUACCGGUUCAUGUAGUUCUCCAAGACUGGAUAAGACAAGUAGAUGGCAAACUUAGUUUCCUGGGGUUUGUCAGACUUCUUCAUGGAGUUUCUUCUCGUUCGUUUCAGAAGGCUUGAAAGAAAACCAGCUCUACGAAUUUUAUCUUCUGCUCAUUUUUCGUGUCCCCAAACAACGGAACUAAAAUCUUGCGGUUGGGGGACAAAAUGCCUGCCCAACUUGAGAUGCAUCCCAAACAGGCAACGAGUUACCUCUUAACUGUGCAAAGGAUCGCUGCACGUUGAAAUUAUAUUUGAGGCUGCAUGAGGAGCAACCCUAAAUCAUUUUGCAGCACAGUCCCAUGUCAGUAUGUUAUGUUCAAAUCCUUUUUUGGACCCCCUCUCCUCAUGUAAUAAUAGCUUUUUAAGUGCUUUGUGCCAUUGAGAUUUAGAGGAUUGUACAGAUGAGGGUAGAUCACAAAAAUGUUUUGUAGGGUUACAAAACAUCUUAAGAAUGGAAGUGAGUUUCGCGGUCUUGUGUGUAUCCCUCGUGUACCCAGAUACACUUGAUUUUUCCAUAAGUUUCUUAUUGUGAUCUCAGUUUCCAUUUUUCUUA